GAAGACGAUAGUUAUGUCAAAGCGAUUCGAGAGAGGCAGUAUCAUCGUGUUAUUCUCCUUCUACUCACUCUAGUCACCAUGGCCACCCAAACAGCAACCGCAACGGUGACAAUUCCAGAGCGCACCAUCAACACGAUAUUGAGCGAUUAUGAGCUACAUCACUCGCAGACGCAGGAUGCCCCCCAUGAGGCUCUCAACAACAACCGCAGUCCCGGCUCUCAGUCGACUCGGGCAUGGGACACAACCCAUCGCAACGUGCCCGCCUACAGGCCGGUGAACAGUGACAGGGAUCUGUCGGACGUGAGAGUCUAUCUGAACAACGGCGAGCGGGCUUUUGUGACAAUUAUGUUUACGGGCUUGUUCAUCAACGCUAGCGCGGCCAAGCUGUGGCGAGGAACAUUUGGCAAACUGAACGGGAACAUCUUCAGAUACGCAGUCGGAGGAGAAUAUUGA